UGCGUCUUUGAACUUGAACCUCUUUAAGUUCGUAGUCGAGUGCUUCGGUUCUAAAAUACUGAAACAAAGACAAAACAAAAAUGGUGUAUAUGUUCUCUAUUGUUUUGACUUUUUUUGCUCUUGUUCUCAUCCCUGGUCUCUUCAUCUCUCGUCGACUAAGUGUUCCUCUCUCCUUCAGAAACAUCCUCAGAUUCAUCAAACUCACAGCUUCCAGGAACGAGGAUGAGGAAGAGAGGAACGACAAACGUGGUACAAUAAUGGGAGAGAAGAGACUGCCGAAGCAUGUGGCGAUUAUAUUGGACGGAAACCGACGUUGGGCGAAGAAACGAGGACUAGGGACAUCGAAAGGUCAUAAGGCCGGAGCGAGGAAGCUAAUGGAGAAUGUUAAGGACUGUUUUUCUAUGGGGAUAAACACUGUCUCCCUCUUUGCUUUCUCCACCGAAAAUUGGGCAAGACCCGAGGAUGAAGUUAACGGCCUGAUGUUCAUGUUUGAAGAAUACUUAAGGUCUGAGAGACAUGUCUUCCGAAGAGAAAAAAUGAAGAUCUCGUUUAUCGGAAACCGGACAAAAAUCCCCCAGUCACUUCUAGGUCUGAUAAGAGAAACAGAAGAGGCUACAAAGAGCUAUGAAGGGAAGCAUCUCAUUAUAGCAAUAGACUAUAGUGGAAAAUUUGAUAUCUUGCAAGCGUGCAAAAGUCUAGCAAAAAAGGCGAAAAACGGGCUGAUUCAAGUAGAGGACAUCGACGAGGGAAUGAUGGAUAAAGAGUUGAUGACAAACUGUAGUGAGUUUCCAAAUCCUGACCUAUUGAUCAGAACUAGCGGAGAGCAAAGGAUCAGUAACUUCUUCUUAUGGCAAUCUGCUUACUCUGAACUCUACUUUCCUAACGUUCUAUGGCCUGACUUCGGUAACGCUGAGUAUCUUGAUGCCUUUACUUGGUAUCAGCAAAGACAGAGGCGAUUCGGUCGAAGAAUAUAAACUUUGUAUUUAUUGUCUCACAAAUAAAUUGCGUUUGUUUGCAAUACUUUACGUCUGUUUCAGAGAUCACUGCACUGUUGUAACUUUGUGUCGCUAAGUAAACAUCUAUUUGAAAA